AUGAAUCUAAUUUUGGUCUCAUCACUCAUAUUGAGUGUUAUUUAUGUAAAUUUGGCGGAGAAUUUGGACAAAAAGCCGAAAAAAUUCAUCAUUUUCGGUGUGAAUUAUGGAGAAGGUCUGAAUUUACGGAGAGAUGUGUAUGGGAGAAUUGCGAAUACGAUAAGACAGUUGCGGAAGAAAGGUAGGUUGGUAAUAGCAACGAUAAAGCGGGUGUAAGUUAUUUCUUUCACAAGAAACAAAGAGGCGAAAAAAGUUCCUUUUUCUGGCCACAAGAAAGGCACUCGAACUGCGCCGAAGCUUGGGAACUACAGUUAGAAAAAAGGCUUCGACCUAGCUGGGGCUAAAUUACUAAUACCUCGCUAGUUUUAAAGGUACCUACGAAGGCUAUGACAACUCAUUUAGUUCCAUACGGAGGCAUUAAGUUUAGUUCCGGACAGGUUUCAUCGUAUAAAGUGUAAAAUCGCAGGCUGUAGCCGUUUUUGAAGGGUAAGGUGGUACGUAAAAACGAAGCUACCUCACUAACUAAAUCCAUUGUCCGGGCAUUGACAACGAUGAAUUGGGUCUGCAAGCCAAAUUUUGGCUAAUUCUGAUCAGUUUCCGCAAAGUUAUAAAUUGCGGCCAGAAUAAGGAACUUUUACCCAAAGAGGCUUCUAAUUUGCCCAAAAAAGUGAUGAAUUUUUGAGCAAAAUAAAGACACGUUUAAACAUUUUUACCUCGAAACAGACCUAAAAAAAGCUUAAAUUUCAAGAGAACGCUUAAAACCCGGUUAAAAGACAAAUUCAAAAAUUAAAGCUCGGGCGCAGCUCUGAAAAAAUAUUUUUUGUAAAAGCUGCAGGAGGAACUAUAGGAAACCAGGAGACAUGCAGAGAAACUUUUUACUUGAUGUACGAAAUAAAAAGCCUUUUUUUCGAACGAUUUUUUUUAUUUUGUCAUCGAAUAAAAGUUCAAUUUUACAGGUCCAUUCUGGCCUAAAGAUGGCUCGUGAGACCUCUGAAAUUCUUCGUUAUAAAAAGGUUUUGUAAUUUCGGAGUUUCCUAAACCUCUGUAAAGCCUCUUUUAAGCCUAAAAGAACCAUUUUUCACUGCAUUUUUUAACGAGCAAAAUUCAAAAAAAUCUUUUUCUAGGCCACAACUACCACCUUGUUCUCCCUCCAUUCCAAGGCCUUCCGCAUUGGCGAGCGCACCGCGCAGUUUUCCACAAAUGGUCUGAUCUCUUCGAUUUUGAAUCUUUGAAUGAAUUUAUCCCUGUAAUCGAGCUGGAGGAUUACAUAAAAGGUGAGAAUUCGACUAGAAUUUUUAUUAAAUUGUAAUGUUCUAUGCAGAAAAUGGAAUCGAAGUGAACUCGUCGCUGUAUUUACAACACUAUGAAGAAGGCUGGGGAGAAAACUUUGAGAUGAAAUACGAUAUUCGAGACUGCAUCGACGCCAAUAUUUAUUACACGGAUCUGCCGAACGGGAUGUUGUAAGUGCUUCUGAGGAUCUGUGUAACAAAUCUCUGUACAACAAACCCGCCUAUAACGGAUAGUUUUGAAGGUCCCUUCGAUGGACUGUCAAAAUUGUUUAGCUAUGAUAAAUCUUCGUAAAACAAAACCCUUCUAUAACAAAUAAUUUUUGGUUCUUUGCAUUUUAUCGCCCAAAGGUUUCACAGUAAUUCAAGACUCAUGUCGCAAAAAGAUCGUAUUUUACAAUUAUUUGACCAAAAUAACAAAAAAACCUCAUUUAUUCAAAAAUUUUUUCCUAAAAAAGUUCUUUUAUCGUCAGUAAACCCUAUUGCUUUCAGGAGAUCCUAUGUGACCAGUUUCCUCGGCCUGAACUUCCAACAACUCCGUUGUCUAUCAUUCCAAGGGCAAAGUUCAACUUUAGUCGAUGCCAUUUUGGAAUUGGAGCCCGAAACGUAAGCUUACCCGUUACUUCUGUGCUUUUCAGAACUCUAGAAAUCAAGAAACGCGCUUUUCCCGCAUUCAAGGCGAGUUUUCAACAAAUUAAUUUUUCCGAGCUGCGCCCGAUCUUAAAAUGAAAUCUUGUGCCUUACCUCUGGAUCUUCCCUGACGUGAUCAAACAGCUUCAUAAAACUGGAAUAUAUUGUUUUAAAACCUGAAAUCUCGCAUAAGAUCAUAGUUUUGCUAUGUUUUAUUUCACGUUAGACAUCAAAAUUAUUUUUUUUUUAUUUUCAACCUGCAACCUGUGAAAAAAUUAACAAAUUAUUUUUUGAGCGUACCAGAACGUAAAAAUCCUUCCUUGGAAAUGUUUAUUCUUUAAUUUUUCAGAACAAGUCUUUUAAUUGAGCGUUGCGAAACCGUUCUUCACGACCAUUUUGGCGACAAGUUUUAUUGGGACGCAAGGAGAUCAAUGAGAUAUGCCAAGAAUCUAGUGGAGAUUGGAGAUCAGUUCAGGUAAAAAGAAUAAUCUAAACUAUUUUUUUAUCUCAAUUCGAAAGUAAAACCUCCAUACAACGAACUGCAAGGGACCAAAAAAAUAAUAAAUUUGUUAUAUAAGGGUUUCAUUGUAUGGAGGUUCACUUUGGCCUGAAAUUCAUUCGUGGGACCUAUGAAAGUUCGUUAUAGAGAGGUUUCGUUGUAUGGGAAUCUUUUAGACAGAAGUUCCAGUGUAUAAAACUUUUGUACAAAAAAACUCCCGUACAACGAAACCUGCCUAUAACGAACAAUUUCAAUGGUCCCACGAAUGAAUUUCCUAAAAUGAACCUUCGUACUACAAACCUCUUCUACAGGGUGGGCCAUUAAAACCUUCCGUCCUCUUUUUUUAGAUUUCUCCGCGGAGACUCCGCCGAUUUUCAUGAAAUUUAGAUUUUUCUGGAGCUGAGAUGCGCCAUUUUCAACCGGUUGAAUUUGAAAAAAAAAAUAUCCUGAAUUGACCUUUCUAUGCCUUUCCAAAGUUUUUGAAAAUUAUUUUCGAGCCGAAACCGCUAAAACUUUGAAAAUUUUUGGAAUGAUUUUGAAAACGUGGUCAUUUUUUCGGGUUUUUGGGCGAAAUCUUACUCUUUUUGCCUCAUAUAUUUGCAGAAUACUGUUGUAAAAACUAAUUUAUUUAAAAAUUUGAUUAUUAAUAUUUCUAUCUGUGCUCGACGUGUCCACCUCCUCUUAUUCUGGAUUUCAUGAAACCCCACAAAAAGAAAUUGCAGAAAGUUAAGUUGAAAUUUUAGAACAGCUCGAAUUGCGGUUCGUGAACAUGGUGUAAAUUCAAUCGAGCCUGGCUCCAAGCCUCAAUACGCCAAGCCCUGGCUUGUAGCCCUAACGCGGACUUUUUCACUCUUGCCAAAAAAAAAAUUUUUUUUCGACGUUCAUCCCCUAACGGUAAUGCAGACAACACUCUUUUUGCUUUCAUCCUCAUUUAAACAAGUUUAGAGAAAGCGUACGGGACGUUUUACUCCACGAUUUUACCAAAAAAAGGCCGGAAAUUUUCCAAGUCCGAGAAAGGCAACUGAAAAUCAUUCCAAAAAUUUUCAAAGUUUUAGCGGUUUCGGCUCGAAAAUAAUUUUCAAAAACUUAGGGAAGGCAUAGAAAGGUCCAUUCAGGAUAUUUUUUUUUCAAAUUCAACCCGUUGGAAGUGGCGCAUCUCAGCUCCAGAAAAAUCUAAAUUUCAUGAAAAUCGGCGGAGUCUCCGCGGAGAAAUCUAAAAAAAGAGGACGGAAGGUUUUAGUGGCCCACCCUGUAUAACAAAUUUAUUUCUUUGUCCUCCACACUUGUAAACCACCCUAUUUUCAGACAGCAAAAUCUCGACUCAACAGACGUUUCCGAUAAAACUUUGCUAUAUCCGCAUUGGAAAGAGCACAAGCCAAAGGCGGGCCAAGCCUUGGGAGGCCCUUAUAUGGCGGUUCAUUGGAGACGCCGCGAUUUUUUGCACUCCCAUAAGGCAGAGGUCCCAACAAUUGAUGGCACUGUAAAACAAGUCGUCAAAAAGUUGAAGCAAUUAAAACUAAAUACUCUUUUCGUGUGUACUGAUGCUGAGAAAGAGGAAUUCGAAGAGUUGAAGGGGAAAUUGAGCCAAGAUGGAGUAAAAGUUGUGAGGUUUGAAAAUGAAGCGCUCACUGAUGGUCAAGUGUCAAUUGUGGAUCAGGUCAGCGAUUUUUUCGAUUAAAAUUUAGUUCAAAUUACAGUUAGAGUUUCGUAAGCAAAAAUUACAGUCGCAAGAGACGGAAAAAAAUUGUUCGUUAUAGAGAGAUUUCAUUUCAUAGAAUUCUCUUUGGCGACCUCUGAAAGUGUUUGUUAUAGAGAGGUUUUGUCAUAUCAUGUUUUAUUGCUUAUUUUGUCAUCAAAUUUAAAACAAAAUUUUUAAAAUCUCAAGCACAUCUUUUAUCUGCCUCUGCAAAGUUGCUGACGACCUCAUUAUUCACUGUUUCCGUUUGCGUCAUCACUUAAAAUUUCGAAAUUUUAAAGUAGCUUUCUGGAGCUGUAGAUAACGACUAUUCCAACAUCAGACAAAAACGGCUUCGUUUGCUCAAACAAACCUUAAAGUAUAGCUUUUAUCACUUUUGUGAGUUUUAUAAAAGGUCAAAAUUUCGUACCGGAAGCUCGAAAAAGCUCAAAAAUUAGGAAUUUGCCUAAAAAUAACGUCAAUUUUAGUUGACCUAUGUAUUCGAUAAGCCGGGUUUUUAUGACUUGUGAGGGUGGUAAACAAAAGGACAAAAAGUUAUCAGUCGGUCUAAAGGAAUUGAGCGCUUAUCUAUGGCGUUCGGAUGACUAAUUAAGGUCUGGAAGUUUGAUCUGUGGCUAUAAUAAUAAGAGAAGUUCAAGUAUUAUAGUAAUGGUAUACAGUCAAGUCUCUGUACAACCAAUCGUAAGGGACCAAGAAAUAAAUUUGUUAUAGAGGGGUUUUGUUGUACAAAGGUUCAUCUUGUCCUUAAUUGACAUGUGGGACCUCUGGAAUUGCUCAUUGUAGACAGGGUCGUUGUAUGGGAGUUCGUUGUACAGAGUUUUACAUAAUGAAGCCUCUGUACAACAAAUUUCUUUACAGCAUAACCUGUCUACAAUGAACAAUUUCAGAGGUCUCAAAUGUCAAUUAAAGCCAAAGCAAACCUUCGUACAACCAAAACCUUCUAUAAAAAAUUUAUUUUUUGGUCCCAUGCCCAUUCCUUGUACAAAAUCUUGACUGUAUACCAUUACGACUUGAACUUCUCUUAUUAUUAUGGCCACAGAUCAAACUUUCAGACUCUAAUUACUCAUCCGCACGCCAUAGAUAAGCACUCAAUAUAAAACACGACUUUAAUAAUCGUAAAUUGCAGUGGAUCGCGGCCCAUGCCCGUUACUUCAUCGGCACUCAUGUUUCCACAUUUUCCUACCGAAUCCACGAAGAUCGUGAGAUUCUAGGGUUCGAUCCGGCGACCACAUUCAACGAUCUCUGUCCGGACGACAAAAUUGAGAGCGGAUGUGAACAACCAGCCAAAUGGACGAUAAAAUACGACCUUGAUCCGUAUUACCAUCGAGACGAGUUUUGA